AUGGUACAACGAUUAACUUACCGUCGUCGUUUAUCAUAUAACACCAAUUCAAAUCGGGUUAAAAUUGUUAAGACACCCGGAGGUAAAUUGACAUAUCAAUAUGUAAAAAAACGUGGAGCAGUGCCAAAAUGUGGUGAUUGUAAAGUUGAAUUACCAGGAAUUAAGGCAUCUCGUCCAAAACAACGUAUGACAAUGACUAAACGAUUGAAAACAGUAUCACGUACUUACGGAGGCUCACGAUGUGCCAAAUGUGUUCGACUUCGUAUCGUUCGUGCUUUUCUUAUAGAAGAACAACGUAUAGUUGCUAUGGUUAUGAAAUCAAAGAAAUUAACUGGACCAACAGAACCAACAGCACAACCACAAGCAGCUAGUCAAAAAUCGAAAUAA